AUGAUUGGGCUGCCUCUCCUGCUGCUGCUACUCUUCUGGCUUUUGCCUCCAACUUCUGCAAAGAGGAUUCCAGUCACUUGUGUAUCGGCCAACACUUUCCAGAGUCAGCAAGACUAUCACACGCCUGGUGAUUUCAAGAUUGGCCAAACAGUUCCAGGUUGCAAAUGUGACAGGCAGGAUCCCCUGCUCUCUGUCAUCGGAGGCCUCAACCCCAAAUCCUCCAGGCAGAUGGCCUCCAUCUUCAGCCUCUUCAAGGUCCCUCAGUGGAACUGGGUUGGGCUGGUGGCUUCUAAAGAUGACAGUGGGGAACAUUUCGUCUCAUCUCUGGUGCCAAUGCUCAAGGAGAAGGAGAUCUGCUUGGCCUUCUCUGAAAUAUUCAGUUCUGAUAUUAAGGAGUUGGGAGGACAACUUGUUUUAAAGAUUUUGCUUGAAGUUGAAGUGAUUGUCCUGUUUGGAGACUCUCUUACUAUUAUGCUGAUUCUUCCCUAUUUGAGGAAAGUCCAGUUCAACAACAGUGCUCGAGAUGAGGUCUCCUUCUCAGAAGAUGGACUGGCAUCGGCUCGCUAUGAUCUUCUCAACUGGGUUCUCCUCCCCAAUGAAUCUUUUGUCCCUGUGACAGUUGGAGAAAUAGAUCUCAAGGAUCCUGCAGGCAAAGAUUUCACCAUAAACUCUGAUGGAAUCAUCUGGGCCACAGAGGGAUAUACAGUUCGCUGUGACCCUUGCCCAGAAGAUUACUAUCCCAACGAGGACAAGGUCCGGUGCAUUGCCAAGAAGAUCCACUUUCUUGCCUAUCAAGACACUCUGGGAUCCAUUUUGGUUUCUCUCACUCUUUCUCUUUCUGUGACUACAUCUGCAGUUCUGGUGAUAUUCCUUAGACAUCGUGACACUCCAAUUGUCAAGGCCAACAACCGAGAUCUCACCUAUGUCCUCCUGGUCUCCCUUCUGCUCUGCUUCCUCUGCUCCUUCUUCUUCAUUGGUCGACCCAGGACUCUCACCUGUCUCUUCCGACAAACUAACUUUGCCAUUUUCUUUUCCCUUGCAGUUUCCUCUGUCUUGGCAAAAACUGUCAUGGUGGUUUUGGCUUUCAUGGCUACCAAACUGGGGAACAAGACAAGGAAACUCUUAGGAAAUCAUCUGACCAAUUCCAUGGUGAUAGCCUGUCCCCUGAUCCAAGCAAUUAUUUGUGUCACCUGGCUGGUUACCUCCCCUCCAUUUCCCAACAUGGAUUUUCACUCCUUCAUAGGAGAGGUCAUCUCGGAAUGUAAUGAAGGCUCAGCUUUGAUGUUUUAUGCUGUCCUGGCCUAUCUGGGUUUCCUGGCCCUUGUGAGUUUCACAGUGGCCUUUCUGGAUAGGAAAUUGCCUGACAGCUUUAACGAAGCUAAGUUCAUUACUUUCAGUAUGCUGGUCUUUUGCUGUGUUUGGAUCGCCUUCCUCCCUACCUACCUGAGCACCAAAGGGAAAUACAUGGUGGCCGUGGAGAUCUUCUCCAUCUUGGCCUCUGGGGCUGGUCUCUUGGCUUGCAUCUUUCUCCCCAAAUGUUAUAUUAUCCUGUGGAGGCCUGAUCUGAAUCACAGAGAAAAUAUCAUGAGGCGCAAGAAUUUCUAA